CUUCUGUCAAGCUCAGCCUCUCCUUGGGCACCAUCAGCCUCUCGCUCAUCAGCCGAUCGCGUCUCGCACUGACCUUCGCGCGCUCUUCCAUCGUCAGCAAGUCUAGAUAAGGCGGAGUCCACGUGAGACCCCACGUCUGCACCGGGAUGCUCCAUCGUUUCGGCAUAGUUGGCGUCUUCCAGCCUGUCUGGACGGAGCGGUCGAAUAUCUUUUUUGAUGGCAUUGGGCGUUCGAAGAGGGCCUUUGCCUGCUCAGAUAGAAAUGGCACUUGCAAAUUGUCGAUGAGGGAAGACCUGCGGCGAGACUUGCGCUUUCUCUCGGCAGCUGGCUUCGUCUUCACAGAGAGAGGAACAAGAGCCGUUGCCCGUCUCCCUUUCGGAGUCACCAAGUAUGUCGACCGAAUGCGCUGGCGCCUGUCGAGAAGUGCCUUCUCGCUUAAUGCUCGCUUCCUUGCAGGUGGAGGUGGCGGGCCUGCUGGCCAUUUUUUCGGGGGUGGGGGAGGAAUGCCUCUUCGUGCACCUGCCUUUGGGGGCGGUAGUCGUGGCCACUUUGCGUCAGAAAAACUUGAGACGUCUGCUUCUCCUCCUUCUUUCUUCGUUUCUGCCAUUGCUUCAGUAAAAGGGUUCUCUUCCUCACUUUCACUCGAAAACACGGGUGGCGGGGCGGCUGGAGGUGGCAAUGGGACUGCUGAUGUCUUCGCUUCAGCUUUGGGCUCAUUGAGAGGAGACGCCGUUGCCUUUGCGGCAGUUGCUCUGCCCUCAGUGCUCCAUUCGCUCGAUGUCACCGAGAAAGAUCCCUUGCGAUUCCACCGUGAGACCGCUGGAGAGGCCGAUGGUAGUGGAGGAGUUGCAGCCGUUUUUUCUUUCGUUGGGCUUUCUGGCGCAGCUUUUUUCUUCUCCUAUUCUUUUGGUGUUUCGAAAAGCGGCUUCAUCAAGGCAUUCAUUGCUCCAAGCAUGCCUGCAUCCUUUUCACUCGAAGAUGACGAUUCAAUAGAGAUGGCUGUCGCCUUAGGAGCUUUGAGGGGAGGGGAGGGAGGCAGAGGCGCCCUUUUCUUCGGUAGCAGUGUCGGUGGUUCCUUCAGUGGCUCCGUUGGGGCAGCAGGAGCAAAUAGAUUCAUCAUGUUGGCCACUGCCGGUAGGCCGCCUAGUCUAUCUUCCUCGUCAGUCUCUUCUUCACUCGAUGAGGCAAGGGGCGGAGCCGCGGGAGGUAGUUGUUUCGGCUGCGGCGGCGCAAUCUUCGCUUGUCGUGCCUCGGCGAUUGAUUCCUCGUCUGAAGCAAAAAUGCCCCUUUCAGCAGGAGGCUGCUUUGCCUUCGUAGCUGGUGCCACUGCCGCUUUCGCAGGCGUCUUCACGGGAGCUUCCAGCAUAGCUUGUUCCUGCUGAGUUUGCAGUCCCAAUGGCGCCAUCAUCAUAUUCAUCUCCUGAAUCACGCCACCAAGAAUGCCCCCAUCCUCAUCUUCUCGGGACGACGCCGCUGAAGCGAUAGCCGAUGGCUUGCGUGCCGGUGGUGAUGGCUUCCGGGGUGGGGGCGGGGGCGGCGGUGAUUUCCUUGCCUUUAUCGGCGCUUUCAUCUCGGCUGCCUUAGGUGCGUCGGGCGAUUUUGGCGGCAAGCCUCCUGACAGACACACAGGCACAAGCCGCUAUACACUGCGCAGAGAGAAUUCGGAUCUCAUGGUCGUACUUGUAAGACCAGGCGGUCCACCUUCCUCUUCGGUUGAGGUCUCGCUCUCGCUUGUGCCGAAAGUAGGGACACUCCUCAUUGGAGGCGGGGGAGGACGUGGUGGUGGCAUGUUGUGUGUGGGGGAUUCCAUAAUUG